AUGGGUAACUAAAAAUGCAUUUCGUUAAAUUAAAAAAAUUAAAACUAUAAAGAAAGUUUUCUUUGUGAAUUAUAAGGUGAAGAGAAUAUUGUUUCUUUAAAAUUUGAAGAUGGCAAUUAUGAGUAACAGAUCAAAAAUUCUAAAUUCCUCUAAUUCUUAGAUAAGUACUCUGAAAAUAGGAUUAAAUUAAUUGUAACUAUUGGAAAUAGAGGAGUAGGAAAGUCUCUAAUUCAAAAUUUUAUUAUAUAAAAAUACUAAAAUAGAUCAGAGUAUUUUUAAAUUUUCAAGUCUUAAUUCAAUGAUGGCAAUUGUACCAAGGGGAUUAAGUUUUACUUUCCUUAAAAUUUAAAAGAACCUAAAAACUAAAAAGAAGAUAUUGUACUUUUCUUUGAUUGUGAAGGCUUUGAUUUUUCUGAUAAGACUUCUCCUCAAUAAUAAAAUUUGAUAAAGUUAAUAUGUUUAAUCUCAAGAUUGUCUACUUGCCUUAUAUAUGUGUAAACUACUAAUAGGAUUUAAAAAGGUUUCGAAGAAAUAAUAAAAACGCUUAAUGAAAAUAGUAGCACUAAUAAUUGCCCUCAUGAAAAUUUUAUCAGCAUUUUAAACUACUGGAAUGGUGUAAAUUUUUAGUCAAGCUCCCCAUUUUUCAAAAAAUAAUUUAAACUAAGAUCUCUGGAUCUAAAUUAGAAUAAUGAAAUAAUAGUUAACUAAAAUUAUGAUUAGUUUAUUUAGGAGAUAAAUGAUAUAAAGAAUUAUUGCGUUUAGUCAAAAUAUACCACAUCUUAAAGCAACUGCAAAGCUUUUGAGAGAGAAUAAACCUGUAAUAGCUUUAAAGAAAUGUUAAUAUGUGUUUUUUAAAUAAUAGAGAAAGAAAUGAAUUUUACUUCAGAAUAACACUUUUAGCUGAUUAAUAAAUAACUAGAGCUAAAGUAAGAGCAUGCUAAAAGUAUGAAUGCUAUUAGAGAGUUUAUGAAACAAAAUUAUGAAAGCUAAGUUAAAACUCUAGAAAAAAAUGAAGGUUCAAGCUAUAAAUCUGAAAUUGUUUACUGCCUAUUUAACUUAGGUUUUUAAAACUAUUACUCAUAAAAGGUUAGAAUUGAAUUUGAUAAAGCAUAUUAGAAUUGGAGAAAUUAAUUUUAGUAAGCAUUUAAAACUAUGUUAUAAAUUUCAACGGAAAAAUAGGGAAAAGUACUAAAUGAUAAUGAAUAAAAUGAAAUUUUAGAGUUGUAUUCUAAUUUAGAUUCAGUUAAACCAUAAGAAAUAAGAGACUAUGAAAGAUAAAUUAAUAAUUAUACAGUUAAUUAAGAUAUUGAAAUUAUUAAAAAUAAGAUGGUCGGAUAUAGAGCAUUAUUUUUUUCAUUUGGCUUUGCUUUUGCAAGUUUAACUACAAUUCUUUAGGGUAUGAAUUAUAUGGUAAAAAUAAAAAUAAAGAAUUCUUUAUCUAAUCGCAUUGAAAAAGCACUGUUUAGUUCAAUAAAUUAGAAUAAGUUUGUUUUGAAUUCCUCAAUAAAUAAUCUAAGAGAAAUAAAGAAUAUUCUUACAUCUGAAAUCCCUAAAUUUAAUGAGUAUAUUUAAUUUAUCAACUCUUAAUAAGAAAAAGAAGCUGUUUGUUUAUUGCUUUUAAUGAAUUGUAUUUCAAAGGCUUUUGAUUAGAAAAGUUUAGAAAAGUAAAAAACGACUUCUUAUUAAAUUGACAUUUAGCUUUUUUAAUGUGCUGAUUUUUUAGCAAAGUAGUUAAAGUUAAAUAACUUCACCAAUUUUGAAAACUUAUAAUAUUUAGCUCAUCAAAUAGAUGCAAUUAUAUCCGAAUCUUAACAAUUAAGAGGAUGA